UGGUACAUGUAGUUUCAAUACCGCGUCCGGAAGAAGGAAGUGGGCGGUUUGCGCUGGUGACUUGUAGUUGCGGGCGAGAGGUUAAUGUCGUGCUUGUCAGUGUCAAGACGAGAGAGAAGAUUUGGCAGCUGGGAAAAAAAAACUCAACAACAAAAACACGUUCGCAAUAAUGAUUGAUUAAAUAACAACACCGCAGUUAUGAGCGGUUUCACAAAGAAGACGAGCACGGAUUGUUUGCAGCUGGGUUUCCCUCUUGCACCGGGAGACAUGGAUGCAAUGACGGAGGAGGGCGAGACCAGGAGGAAGGAGCACUGGAAGCUGCUGGGCAGUCUGAAGACCACCGUGGAGGGGCUGCUGUCCACCAACAACCCCAACGUGUGGUCCAAAUACGGGGGUCUGCAGCGGCUGUGCAAGGACAUGAACAACAUCCUGAGCCACGGACUGCUACACGACGAGGUUUACUGCAAGCAGAAGGAUUACUGGCGCUUUGUGUGGUGCGUCCGCUACGUCAGCCCGCAGCUGGCACCGCACGUCGACCAGUUCAUGAACCUGGAGGAGAGGAGCCCGUGGCCUGGCCUGCAGCCCAGCGAGCGACACAAGGCAGAGCGCUGGCUUCACCACAGCCUGCAGUUCCACUGCCUGUCUGCACAGCUGCGGCCCCUGCUGCACCAGCGCAGCUACACUCGCAAAUUCUACACAGACUGUGCGUUCCUGCUGAGUGACCCCCACGUGACGGCCAUGUUCCAGUGUCUGGAGGCUGUGGAGCAGAACAACCCCAAGCUGCUGGCUCUGAUCGACACGACCAUGCUGGCCCGCAAGAAGGAGUCCCCAGUGCUGCUGAUUAAGAGUCAGAGUCUGCUGGCCUUGCCGGGGUCUGUGGGCAUCCUCCCCCACAACGGGGUGCAGCGCAGAUGCACCACCUACAACAGCCAGCAAGCAGGACAGUGCAGCCCCCUGCCUAGCACAGUAGACGGUCAGUUUGGGAGCCACAUGCAGUGCUCCAGUGCAGCCCAGUCUUGGCUCUGUGCAGACAGAGGAGUCAGUACGCUGCCCCCUGGACUGCCCAGCUUCUCUGUCACCGAGCCCUCCACUCCAGCAGGCAGCGUCCCGGCCACCUACGCCCCUGAGGACCCCUGCGGAGAGCUUGAUGAUGGGCCGGAGUACCUGGCCAUCGGGAACCUGGGUCGGCGCCGCCGCGCCUCCCACAGCAGCAGCAGCACUGGGAGCAAUGGGAGCGUGAAGGGGGAUCCUCCGGCUGUAAACGCACCCUCAUCACUGAGGUCCGCCCUCCUCAGCCUGCCCCCCCGGCGCUCCAGCUUCUCUGAGGGACAGGGGGCAGAGAGACCGGGCAGGGCCAGGAAAAGGCACGCCCGCUCACACUCCGACACAGGAGUCACACAGGCGCGGGCACCAGGAGGACACCGGGACAUCACUAUUAUAAUUGAGGACCCCAUGGCAGAGUCUCUCCCCGAGGUGCCCAGUGUGAUGGAGUAUGGUGCCUUCUCCACGCACAGCAGCGAGGUCAGCACGCCCAGCUCCCUCUACAUGGAGUCCGAGGGCUCCCAGGUCAGCAGUGUGUCGGACAGCAUGUUCCGCAGGCCCUCGGAGGGACAGUCUCUCAUCAGCUACCUCUCUGAGCAGGACUUCGGCAGCUGUGCUGAUCUGGAGAAGGAGAACGCUCACUUCAGUAUCUCAGAGUCUCUGAUCGCAGCGAUUGAACUGAUGAAGUGUAACCUGCUGAAGCGCGGGGGGCUGGGCUCUGAGGGGGAGGGGGAGGAGGAGAACGACCGUGAGAUCCUGGAGCUCAAACAGAAGAUCCGGCUCCGCAGGCAGCAGAUCCGCACCAGCCGUCUGCAGCCUCCCCCGCCGCACUCCCACAGCGCUUUCACCACCACUGACAGCGGCGGUUCCCAGCACAGCUCCCAGGAGUCCCUGCUGCGCUCAGACUCCAGUUCCAUUGACGAGGUGGAGGAGUACGAGCUCAAAGAUGGUAAUGAUGGAUCUAACCUGAUUCUAAUGUCCAAGAGCGGACUCUCUUUAUCCAUGGCUUCGUUGUUCUCAGACGCUGAUAUUAAGAGGAGCCUGACCUGCUGCAGUGGCAAGUCCUUGCUCAGCUCGGAGUCCAUCUCUCCCUCCUUCCUGCAGUCAAACUCUGCCGAGUCGGUGGCGAUGGGGUUGCUGCGGCAGUUUGAGGGGAUGCAGCUCCCUGCUGCCUCUGAGCUGGACUGGCUGGUCCCCGAGCACGAAGCCCCUCAGAAGCUGCUGCCGAUCCCGGACUCGCUGCCGAUCUCCCCGGAUGACGGCGAGCACGCGGAUAUCUACAAGCUGCGGAUCCGUGUUCGAGGAAAUCUGGAGUGGGCUCCUCCUCGGCCACAGAUCAUCUUCAACAUCCACCCCGCGCCCAAGAGGAAGGUAGUGGUGGCCAAGCAGAACUACCGCUGUGCAGGCUGUGGGAUCCGCACAGACCCAGAUUACAUCAAGCGUCUGCGCUACUGCGAGUACCUUGGGAAGUACUUCUGCCAGUGCUGCCACGAGAACUCCCAGUCCUUGGUGCCCAGCCGCGUCCUGCGCAAGUGGGACUUCAGCAAGUACUACCUGAGCAACUUCUCCAGAGAUCUGCUGGCCAAGAUCUGGGGUGACCCCCUCUUCAAUGUGCAGGACAUCAACAGUGCCCUUUACAGGAAGGUCAAGGCGUUAGAGCAAGUGCAGCUCCUGAGAAUGCAGCUGGUCCACAUGAAGAACAUGUUCAAGACCUGCCGGCUAGCUAGGGAGUUGCUGGAGCAGUUUGACCGGGAGCCGGGUCACCUGACUGAGGACCUGCACCUGUACUCUCUGAGUGACCUGAGCGCCGUGCGCAAGGGGGAGCUGUCCCCCCGCCUGCGAGAGCUGGUGCGCCUGGGGGCCGCGCACGUGCACAGCUGCGUGCUGUGCCAGGCAAAGGGCUUUAUCUGCGAGUUCUGUGGGAAUGACAAGGACAUCCUGUUCCCUUUCGAGCUCAAUAAGUGCCGCUGCUGUGAAGAGUGCAAGGCCUGCUAUCACAAGAACUGCUUCCGCUCGGAGGACUGUCCGAGGUGCAGCCGCCUCGCUGCACGCCGUGAGCAGCUGGCCAGACGGAACAUGGAGCAGUAUGAGGAGGAGGAGGAGGGGGAGAGCGAGGAGCGGGGAGGGGGCUCAGACAGGGACAUGGGGGGCAGUGAAGAGAGAGACUGAGACCCGGAGAACAUGGCUGUCACAGCACCGACCCUACAGAGCCCACCCCCCCGUGCACUACUCCUCGCUCUGCACGGGAUCACAACGCACUGAGCUAUACCAUGAGCACAAGCCUUUAGACUUCAGUUCAGACAUGCUGCUUUAAAUGACUUCACUGAAGUCUUCAUGUGCUGCUUUAAUGACUUUAAUAAAGGGUCACAGACCAUUGAAGCUGCACAUUACUCUGAGAAACUGCGCUGCCUGACACAGCUGUUUCUCCUUGCGUACCGGCAGCGGGCUCUGGAUUAUCUCUUCACUCGCAGAUCUCGAGUUGCAGAGCACAGCCUCCUGUUGGGUCUCAAUGAGGGCUGUGUGCACCAGAGGGGGUUGUGUGCCCCCCAGAUUGCACAGCAAGGAGAGACUGGGGUUCAAAUUCAGCUGGACUGGAUGAAACAAACAUAUUUAAAACACUGACUUUUUAUUUAUUUAUUGAUAUUUUUUUUGGGAGAGUUCACAGUGCUUUGACCUGAAGCAGGUCCCCAGACAGUUGUACUGUCCUUCAUUUUCAGGGUUUUAAAACAUCCCACUUGCUGUGUUGCUGUGGGUGGCUCUGCUUGGGUGCAUACGAGUCUGGAUCAGCCCUCGCUGGCUCUUUGUGGCUCUGUGUUAAUAUUGGACUCCUUGUCUGGUUUCUGCAGAGGUCGUGGGUUUGGAGAAAUAAUAUUGGAAAAAGUCUAUAUGAAUGUGCUUCUAAGCAGGGUUGCAUUUGUAGUAAGAGGCUCUGUGUGCUCUGAUGAAGCAGGAAGAACACGCAGAGUGUCCUGAGAAAACAAGCAAUCACGGGAAGCAGUCCCUCUAUCGAGGGCUGGAAACCCACUCACCCGCAGACACAGAACUACCAUUCCGAGAUGAGUUUCUCAAACAGUCAGGACUGUGCAAGCCAUCUAAAUCUGCUCUGAAUGGACCAGAUCUGUCCAAACAGGAGCAGCUUUAUCACGGGCCAGUGCACAUGAUGGACAGCUGGAGAUCCCAGUAAUUCAAAUGACAUGGCAAUAUUUCAGAAGAAUGCAUUGCUCUGUAUGUCUUUAAAACAACCUCUGCAUUCACCCGAUGAAGAUGAGAUUUUAUUGCACUGUUAUACCGUUCAUGUAUUAGGCUGUUCUUAUAUAGCCUGUGCUCUCUUAAACAAGGGCCGAUUGCACAACAAGACUUUUCAUGUUGUCCCUGUCCGUUAGCGUGUUUGUUUGUUUUUCGUACUCUCUGCAGUCUCUGCUCCAUUGUGAACAGGAACGGCAGUGAAAGUGAUUUGAUAGUGAAAGUGCAUUAGUUAAUUCAGUAUUGAUGUUAAACACUGAAUUAAGUUGGGUGAAAAAUACUUUCAGCCGUAUUCAAAGUUUUUAGCAGCUUUCACAACUUAUUUUUCUAAUUUUAUAUAUAAUUACUAAUAUUGCAUUUCUACUAAAAGUUGUUUGAAUCAGAAGGCCCUGUGUUUUUUAUUUUUUUAGGGUCUGUUGCUCAGCUGAAAUUGAAACUGGAAUCCAUAUUUACUGACGUAUCUGCUCUGGCAGAUGGCCAAUCUGCUAUUCAGAGUUUAAACCUUCCCCUUUCCUAAACGAAACCAAGAGGUUCACUUUAUAUGAAAAGCAAGCCUGUAGUAAAGUUCUCCCACAAUUAGAUUGGAGCUCCUGUGAGUCCACCUCUAGAUCCUAGGUCCUGUCGGUACAGAGGGAGAUGCAUCUUCUAGUAAUGUUUUGCACAGUGAAUCUAUAAAAGACCCUGGGGACUCCCUGUGUGGGAGUGCUUAUGUGGUUCAGUGAGGUGGGAGUGAAGGGGAGUUUUCGCAGUGCAGCUGAGAGUGUUGAACACUGAUGAAGCUGUGUGCGCCGGCUUUGCAAUGAACAUUAAAAUAUAAAAGCAUCCACUGUAGAAGCGGGGCAAGCUGGAAGUCAUGCAAUUCACUUUUUUAAUAUAUAUUUUUUAAAGGCUGAAUGUGUGAAUAUCACUAAAUGUCCUGGAACACGACUACCAACAACCAAACGAGGCUGAAUUGGAGCGCCUGCUCUGUGGACCUGGCUUUCCAGUGAAGCACAGCCUGUGUGUGUAUAGUACAGAAGCAGUAUUGAACUCAUUUAUAUCAGACUAAUUCUGUUGUGUGUGUCUGUGUGUAUAUGUCCUGUAUUAUUAAUCUGCCACACAGUCUUGCUGUAUAUAAGAAUGACACAUUUUAUAGGAUUCUGUUACCAAUUUGGGAUGGAAUAGAACCUGAAACACUGCACUAUCAGAGAACUGUCCCCAAAUAGAAAAACACAAAAUCAACUAAA